AUGGCUGGUAUUCGAGAUGACGAAGAAGAGGAUGACGAAGAGUUUGAAUACGUUGGCAACGGACGCGAGCCCAUACCUAAACGACCUCGAGAACCCAUUCCCCAACGACCAGCAGAGGAUCCUGGAAGUGCAGAUGAAGACGACGACGACGAGAAGCCUCAGGUUGUGGUGUUGAAGCAGGGGAAGCAUCUUACAGAGAGGGAAGCGGAGAACAUACGGCGGAAAGAGAAAGGCCUGCCUCCCCUCCCAGACCCUGAAACUAAAGACGCGGAUGAUUCGUCGAAAGCAGCGAAAUCGAACGAUGCAUCUGCUUCGACACCAAAGUCAACAACCAAGGGACUUUCGUUUUCAUCGGGCCCAAGUUCCAAGUCUUCCGUCUCUUUCGGCAACAAACCCACCAAACGAAAGGCCAUCACUCCGCUGGACGACGACAAAGACAGUGGUACAGGUAAGGCUGAAGGAAAGAAGAAAAAGAAGGCCAAGAAGGAACAGAAAUCGCUGCUUUCAUUCGGGGACGACGCUUAACCCCCACUGAAUCUGAUCACUCAGUCAACCAGUCACACCCUAGACGAGGUUCAACCUGGAUGAAGCUCCUGGAGGGAGCAUCGACGUCUGAGGUGGUGUUCAGACGAUAUCCAGGACAGUUCGCACUUUCAGUCAACUCUUCGGUUGCUCGCGACGACAUCCACACUGUUAUCGAAAACGUGCUGCGCAGAUGUUCCCGGCAGAUCUUCAUCUGGUAACUGCGCCACCUGGAAGUCGUAGUACUCGAUACAUACAGGACAUUGGACAUUUGUGGUCUUCGAGACCACAAGGGGAAAAAGGGCCAAGGCAGGACAGCUCACAGGAAGAACGUCCGGCGAGUAGUCUCCAGUUCAGGCUGUAGGUAAUGAAGUCAAUCUGUAUUUUUCAAUG